ACCCUCCCCUCCCCUGUAGCUAUCAUCAAGUUACGUACAUCUGAUUGAAUGGUGUCGGUAUUGAAACUGAAAUCUUUUUACGUUAAUUGAAAAGAAACAUAAAAAAAACGGAACUAGAUAGCUGAAUCGAAAGUACUUUUACCUUUCUCUAGUCGAUCAACAUCUGUUAUCAGUGCUUGAAUAUUAUUGGCGGUUUUCUAUCGUAAGAUUUUUGCGCAGUCGUGGGGUGACAGGCGUCACUAACAACAAAGAAACAAGUGAGGUGGAACUGGCUCAUUUACAUAGACGUAGGAAGUUUUAAGGCAUGUUUUAAACUGUAAACUCUUUGUAAACAAACCAGAUCUCGUGUAAUACAACGAUAUCCCUUCAAAGGAAAUGCAGAAAAUCCAGCUUUGAACUCAACUACGAUCCCCGAGAGAUUGUGAGUUGAUAGUGUGGUCAAAAUGAAAGGAAACACAGUUGUGUUCUUGUUGUUGGUGGUUGCUUUCUGCCUUCAAGUUUGUCAAGUGGAUUCAUGGCUUUCGAGGAGGAGAAGAAGAAGAAAUCCUAUUCCACCGCCUCAGAAUUGCCAAGUUAGCUCUUGGGAAUCAUGGUCUCAAUGUUCAAACUUUUGCGACACUGGAACGCAAUCUCGGACAAGAUAUAAGACUGUAACAGAAAGUUGGGGUGGUAGUUGUCCAUAUGACCUCCAAGAAACAAGAUCUUGUGGGUCCUACAAGAAUGGCUGCUCUGGUCCUGGAAGUAAUUGUAAUCCAUCAAAUGGAAACUGCUAUUGUUCUUCAGGAUAUUAUCUAGCUACAGCAAAACAAUGCGCAGAUACCAAUGAAUGUGCAUCUAACAAUGGCAGAGGUCCCUGCGAUCAAGUAUGUACUAACUCACAAGGCUCCUACACAUGCAGCUGUGAUGCUGGAUACAGUCUCUCUGGGAAACAUGCAUGCACCCCCUUGGACUGCGGUGCAUUUAGUCUACCUUCAUGCCCAUCAAAUUCAUACCAAGAUGAGUUUUCUAAUGUUUGUGAGAAAGUACAAUCUACAUGUCCUUCAGGGACCACAUAUUUACAAUAUUGUACACUCUCAUGUUCAAGCAGCUACAGCCUUGCCAAAAUCACCUCCCAACCUGGUAAAGCAUUUGGUGAAAACUAUACCAAUGUAGACUUUUCAUCUGUGAAAUCUACUGUAAAGUGUGCAUUGAGACAAAGAGGGAGUGGUGUUCAAUGGGAUCUUGCACAAGAUUUAGGAUCUUAUUAUUGCCGAAGAAGCAACGAUCCACCUCAUGACAUAGCAUUAAGUGCAGCCACACUUCAAGAGCAUUCCUCAAGUGGUACAGUCAUUGGUUCCUUAUCAACUCAAGAUUACCAAUCUGGGCAGAGCUUUACUUACGAUGUUUUAUCUCCCUCUAUGCUGUUUACAUGUCAAGGACAAAGUCUUAAGAGUACUUGGAAAGAUCCUGACCUUCAUGGAUCUAUCCCUCUUGUUGAUGGUACCAUUAAUGUGACCAUACGGUCUACAGAUAAUGGGUCACCACAAAUGUGGAAGGAAAAAAUCUUUACAAUUACAAUACAAGAUGUGAAUGAUCCACCUUUGAAUAUAACUCUGUCAAACCAAAAGAUCGCAGAAAAUGCAACACUGAACACUACUGUUGGCGUUCUUAGUGCAGUAGAUGGUGAUAAUGCUCCUGGUUCUUCACCAUCUUCAGAUUUUAUUUGGACUUUACUAGACUCUAGCAAUGGAAAAUUCUCUUUAUCAGGUCCAAAGUUAAUAGUUGCUCAAAAGUUAAACCACGAAGCAGCAAAAAUCCACCAAAUUAAAGUCAAAUGUACAGACCGAGGAGUUCCUGCAGCAAGCAGUGAAAAGACAUUUGUAAUAAGUGUCUUGGAUUUAAAUGAGCCAGUUACUUUAUCUCUGUCUUCAUCAUCUGUCCUAGAGAAUUCUCCCAUUGGAACAGUAGUGGGAGUUUUAAAGGCAGUAGAUGAAGAUGACGAUGUAGUUACUUUUAACAUCUCUCAAUCAGAUGCCAUCACAUUAAGCAAAUUCACACUAGGUUCAACUAGUCACUCAAAGGUUGGAAGAGCAACAACCUACCAGACAGCAGUUGAAGUCAAAGGUGAUCUAGACUAUGAAAAACAGAAAUCAUAUCAACUUGUUGUACAGGCCAAUGACAAGUCAGGACAGGUUUUACAGGAAUGGACCUUGUCCGUCAUCAACGUCAAUGAGGAACCAGCAAGUUUGAAUCUUAGUGGCCCACAUACUGUUGAUGAAAACUCACCCACUGGUGUGAUUGUGGGGGAUUUUGUGGUCAUUGAUCCAGACAACCUGAACAGCAUCACCCAAACACACACCUGCAGCCUGGAGAACAGCCAAUCAGGAGGCAAUAAUUAUUUCAUGAUUGGAUCAAGUACAGUCUUGAAAGUGAAGGGUGGGACUCAUGUUAUUGACUACGAGACCAAUGAAGAGUUGUCUAUCACAGUAAGGUGUACGGACAAUGGCAAUCCAAGCAUGUCUAUAGUGAGGAUGUUUUAUAUAACUGUUAAAGAUAUAAAUGAACUGCCUACAUCUCUUGCUUUAUCAAACCUCACUGUCCCUGAGAACUCGCCCAUUGGUACAAUAGUAGGGACUCUUUCAUGUACAGAUCCAGAACAAGCCUACCAGUCCUACACCUACAGUAUAAUGGGCCCAGACAGUACACCAUUCAUUAUAGGUGGUCCAAACCAUACUUCAGUUAUCGUGAAUGGUUCAUUAGAUUAUGAGAGGACCCCUACUCUUGAUCUAGAUGUGAGGGUAACUGAUAGUGGAGGACUGUUCAAGGAAGAGAAUCUUAAAAUUAAAUUGAUAGACAUGAAUGACCCUCCUACAGAUAUCAGUCUUCCUGGAAUCGGAGGUCAAUUGGCUUUCAAAGAAAACAGUGGAGAAAAUGUCAUGAUCAGUGAAAUAAAACUUGUUGACCAAGAUAAAGACACCCCAACAUGUACCCUUGUUAAUGACGCUAGUGCAAGAGUAGCAAUCCUGGCUGGAAAACACCUUGUAGUUGGACCAACAAUGACAGACUAUGAAAGCUUAGCAGACAAAAAAGUACAAAUAAAACUGAAUUGCUCUGAUGGACACAAUGCAUUUAUAUCAAGAUCAUUCAAGAUCAAGAUACUAGACAUGAAUGAGCCAAUUACAGACAUCAAAGUAUCUAACCUCACAGUACAUGAAAACCAAGCCAAUGCCAUGAUUGGGGUCAUUACUGUUAUUGACCCUGAUAUUAGCCAAUCACAUGUCUGCACUGUAUGUGAUGUCAUUCCUGGAGGUUCUUGUAAUUCAAGUCAGUAUUUUAUGAUCAAUGCAGCACUGGAAUUGAAAACAAAGAAAGCUUUGAAUUUUGAGGCAAAGCAUGUCCAUGAAAUUGUCAUCAACUGCAUUGACAUAGUAACAGCUCCAAUGAAGGCAAUGUCAAAGGAACAGUCCUUUAGGAUUGUCGUCCAUGAUAUUAAUGAAGAGCCAUCAAGUCUCUGUCCGUCACCCUUCCACAUGUCAAUAGAUGAUUCCAAUGGUGCCGUCAUAGUAAUACUGCAGGCUGUUGAUCCUGACAAUGAAGGCAGUGUAUCUAACAAGCAGUCUUUGCUUUACUCCACUAAUGUGAUCUCAGAUGCUCCAUUUAGACUAAGGGACAAUAGACUAUUUAAAUAUAAGAAUAUUUCAGAACCCCAGAAUUAUACCAUUGACAUCAAGGUUACUGAUGAUGGUCGGGUUGUUAAUGGGUAUUCAUCUAAUGGUUACACGUAUGCCACGGAAAGGUCUCUCUCCAAGGUCUUCACUUGUCAUAUUAUUGCAUCAAAAUCCAUAUCCUCAUCCAUAGUAAACUUGAAUCCCAAUACAGUCUCAGUAAUGGCAUCUGUUGGGACAGUGAUUGGCUCACUGACAUCAAAGCUUGCCGAACCAUUAACCUACAGGCUUCUCAAUAAUGAUAUCCUUCCUUUUGUCGUUGAGGACAAUAAACUGAAGGUCAAAAAGAAAAUCGUAACAAAUUACAGAGAUUUUGGAAACAGGAAAGAUUUGUUCUCAUACAUUGAAAUAGAGACUGUUGGUGCAGUGAGUGGGACGAAGAAGAAUGGCCUAUAUGUCCACAUCACUAAUGAUGGACCACAAGUCCCAAUGUGCCUCGUACAAUCUUCCAUCGGUGAAAAUAAGCCUACGCAAACAAUAGCUGGACAACUUUUGAUCGAGGACUCUAACCCACCUAAACAUUCCUGCAGUAAAACAAGUUGUUGCUCGCAAGUCAAUCAAAUUGCAGCUAAUACAUUUAACUACCAAUGCAGGGUGAAUAAUCCUAGCGAGAACUCUAUUAUUGCUGGUAACAAUGUUACUAACAUGUUUUAUAUGGAUGAGCGAUACUUGCUGCGUUCAAAGAUGGAAUUUGACUAUCAAGACUUCUUGUCCUCAAAGGGAGCUGUUGAAAUCAGAAUAAGCUGCCAUGACUUGGCUCGUCCUCUGCACAUCAUAGGCAAGAACUUUACUGUCAAUAUUUUGGACUGUACUUCUGAUGGCCAGUGUCCAGUGUCCCCUGAUUGCCGCAACUGUUAUAAUGGAGGGACUUGUCAAGACACGGUGGGGUCUUACACCUGUUUGUGUAAACAAGGCUACACUGGAAGACACUGUCGAACAGAUAUUGAUUACUGUCAGGAAAACCCUUGUUUGAAUGGUGGCACAUGUCAAGAUAUCGUGACAACUUUCAAUUGCUCUUGCGUGACAGGAUAUUCUGGUGUGUUGUGUGACAGGGAGAGUGACCUUUGUAGGUCAUGCAGUUUAGACACCCUCUGCUCUGAGUUCAUUAAUGCUGGCAUGAGAUGUGUGUCAAGAGAAUUCCAGGCCCCUGUACUUGUUGAUAAGCAAAACCCGACCGUGCGAGAGAUAUGGGAGAUUGAGAAAGAGAUUGCCGACCUAGCUUAUCAAAACAAAGACAAAAAUAAAAACAAAAUAGAUAUAGGGCGAAAACGAAGAUCCGCUUCAACGUUUUACGUAGAAACACUUCAAAGCGAGGCUUAUGCAGACAAAACGCUACUCCGCCUCACAAUCAUGGAUAGCAGUAACAACUAUAAACCUUUACCGGCAGAAGACGCAUGCGCACUACUUGCUGGGACCAAGAGGCGUUGCGUGAAUAAUGAGGACUGCGCUUUGAUGAAUGACGCGGGGAAAUCCUGCCCGGUGAUUGGUGGAACCCUAAGCCACUCAGGAGGCAAGAAUGUCGGAAAGCCUGGUCUGAGUAGCGGUGGAACAGCUGGGGUCGCUAUUUCUGUGAUCUUUGUGAUUCUAGCUGUUUUGAUUGGAGCUAUCUUUUAUUAUCGUAGGAAAUACCGAAGAGCAAAGUACCGAGAAGCAGUCGUGCAAUAUCGACUAAAUUCUGCUACCAUUCAAGACGAAAGACCUGUCGUGAAUUACAAUACUGGCGAUCAAAACGUAGAGUUCACCAACCCUUCGUACAUAAACAACGCGACUGAUACAGAAGAGAUGGUUCAAGAUAGAAUGGCUAAAGAGAACUUGGUAGGCAUCAAUUUGGAUCCGGUAUCUGUGCGGAAACGACGAAGCGACAUCAAGGUGACAGAAAACGUCUUAUACCUCGCGCCUAAUCAAGGUGCUUCGUCCAGUCAAAGCACUGAGAAUCCUUUGUACGCAGUAGCAGGGCCAGAAAGCAGGAGCCCUAAGAUGGUUAACACUGAACAAAAAAAAGCAAUCAAUGUGAAGGGGAAAGAAGCGGUCUUGAAGCCUGGAAGGGAACCCGUUUACGAAGACUUGGACGCCGUGAAAAAAAAUACGAAGAAAAUGUCUGAAAAUAUUGAAGACUUGGACCUUGAGAAGAAGAAAAUGAAGGCCCAGAUGAAUUCUGCUUAUGGCAGAGAUAUGUCGCACGAGGAAUGGGAACCGAAACACGACGAAGAGAAACCGAACAAGAACAGUCUUUCCGAAGACAACCGACCACGUUACGAAGACAGUCCGAUUUCAUUUGAACGAAAACCAAAGGAAAACCACCAGUAUGAAAAUGUCAAUGCUCCAAAACACAAAACCCCUAUAUACGAUAACUCACCGGUACAACCCGAUAGGGAUGCUGAAAAACACUUGUAUGAGAACCUAAGUGUGAAACCGCGUCAUGACGCCAUAUCCGGUUCAUCAAUAAUCAACCCGGUAUAUGGACAAUCGAUGGAAUUUGCCGAGGGUACAGGGGAUCGUGCAUCGGGCCUCGAGGACCCGCUAUACGAGUCCAUACCCGAGAAGAGGAAAAAACCGGUAGACGGGAAAGCGAAGAGGAGAAGUUACCUUCGCAGUGUUUCGUCAGAAAAAGCCGGUGGAUACGAAGAGCUGGAGAAGAGUGACCAAGAAGACGAAGAUGAUAAAGAAGAUGCGUUUAGUGCUUCCCAGGCAUAAAGAUGAUUAACACAAGCACGCUUUACGCUUUAGAAUUAGUAAAGAAGGGGAAAGAAUAAGAAGAUAUUGAGAUGACAAAGGUAGGGAGUGAUGAAGGGUUAGGCAGAGGAAAUAUUUGCAUUAUUUGCAAAGCUCACUCUGAAUUAUUACCCACGAAUUUUUAAUUUUUUUAAUUUUUAAUUUUUAAUUUUUUGCAAUUUUUAUCUUUGAAUUCUAAAAUACUCCUUACACCAUAUCCCUUCAACAAUAUACCUGUAAGUUCAUUAAGUGUGUUGUGUACGGGACGAUUCCACACCUGGAUGAUAUAUACGUAAAGGAUUCCUGUAUGCAUCUCAUCGGUUUGAACCCCAGGUUGGGUUAUCGUAAAGAGACACAAGACACAAGUGAAUAAUGAACGCAGAGCGUCAAAGCAUAAAAAUAUAACCAAUAUUUAAAACGCUAUACCAUAUUACAGAGAUAGAAAAAGUUAUAUCUCGGCGAUCGCUAAAGAUGUGUUUCCAUAUGAUCACUGCGAUCGCUGAAACACGCUUGUGCCAUGGCAACGAUCGUACCGAUCAAAUGAAUGCCAAGCUGUAUCGAUUUUGUGUGGAUACUUUUGUCAUCCACACAAAAUUUUCAAUCGAGCUAGACGUAAAACAAUUCGUUUUAAACAAUUUUGACGCAAAAACCUAUUGAUGGUUUUCACGGCGGCCACGUUGGAGGAACUUAACAAAAGAAUUGUCAAUAAAUUCUUUUGUUAUAUCCUCCAACAUGGUCACCGUGUCUGUUGUUAUUUAAUUCCCUUUGGAAUGGUUGACAACCAUCAAUUGAUUGAUUUUUAUCAUUUAUGAAAUUUAUAUAAACCACGACACGAGGGGCUGUACCCUUUCUGUUAAAAAAAACAACUAUAUUGUAUUUCAAAUCUUUUAAAAGGCUUUUAAGUUUUUAAAUUUCUACUCAUGCAUGGGUGAGAUGCGUGGUUUUUAAAUGAGACGAGUCAAACCAACUAGAUCCUGGAAGUAGUUUUACUCCAUGUAUUUUGAUUAUUUUAAUGCAUUUUACGAAACGUUUUCUUUAUUGUAAAAAACUUAUUUCUGAUCCAAAAGAACACAUAAUAUAAAUACUACCAGAACAGAUUCGCGGUUUUUUUUCAAUUUCCGGAGAUGUCGUUCCUCAGUUUGGCUUGCGUCACAAAACAAGGCACUCUGGGUUGAUGAACCAGUAGUGUUUUUGAUUGGCUAAAAGAACGAGGCAAAACCAGAAAAAAAACCGCUUUACUUGAGACCAAAUGAACAAGAAUCAUGUAACCUUACGCUUGCGCAUGCUCAAUGCUAUACAUACACUGACAACGGUUGACAGACCAUUCUUUAAGAAUCAUAAUUACGUAGUUUAUUAGUAUAGUUAUAAUUUAUAUGCUUUAUAUUUUAUGGCGUUUCUUAAAAACGAAGCAGUCUUUUUCAAUUCAAAUGACGUUUCGUAUUUAUAUUACAUUAACGUCUGACUGACCUAUUAAAUAUGAAUUGGCGUUGUUGAAUAUAGCAGUCAAACGCCUCUGUAUAUAGUAAGCAGCUGUAUAUAGUAAACAGCUGAGACCGCUGUAAAACGUCUCGCAGGCGCAAUAUAGUUUGCGAAAGGGUUACCAUAAAAUCUAAAUAUAUGCAUGAUUUUAACUAUAUUGAAGCAGUACAGUAAUUUUGUAAUAAAAGUGCUGAAACAUU